UCCAUAUCCAUGUCAACGCUAUCAAUAGAAAUCCAAUACAAAAUCACUGGUGAUGGAGGGGGCUAUUAAUUUAAAUUACCUUGUAUUUGAUAAUGCUAUGUACAUACUGCAGUCUGCGAUCAGGUAUACGGUAGGUACCUAACCUAGACCACUUAACCCUUUUCGGGCCUCGAUAGCAUGCUCUGAUCAUCUACAUAGUACGUAGUAUGGAACUUAGGGCUGGACAAGGUCCCAUAAUCUUCAUAUGCUUCAAUAAGUAGUACUAGGGUCUUCCGGGGGGUUAGAUCCGCAGUGGAUUACUUCUUAUACUUGGUAUUUAAACUAUUCCAUAGACGCCGAGUCGGCGUGAAUAGCGAGAGCGAGCGACCUCAACUUCUUAGUUCCGGGCAAGAAAAAGGAUUAUGGUCUGUCUUACCGUAUUCCGGGCUCUUGCCGGCUUCCUACUUUUCUUCUGCUCCGUAGUAGAAGGCUCACAAGACCAUGCCGUAUGCAACCACAUCAAAACCCAGCUAAACAACGGGACAGUCCAGCCGACUGCAGACACAUAUGAGGCUUUAAGCACAGAGAACUGGUCGCAGACUGUCUGGGCGAAGCCAUCAUGCAUUAUCCAGCCAUCUAAUGCCGAGGAACUCUCCUACGUCGUCUCGACUGUGGUCGACUGGAAAGUGAAUUUUGCCAUUCGAUCCGGUGGUCACUCGGUCGUACCCGGAGCCGCAAAUAUCAACCGUGGCGUCCUGAUUGACCUAGCGAACUUCAACUCAGUAGAUUACGAUGCUGAUAAGAAAGUCGCUGUCGUGGGUUCAGGAUUGCGGUGGAAAGAAGUUUAUACCUCAUUGGACCAGUAUAACGUGACAGUUGCUGGUGGUAGAGUCUUGGACGUCGGUGUCGGCGGUCUAACUCUUGGAGGCGGUCUUUCGUACCUAACCGACCUAUACGGCUUAGUAUGCGACAACGUGGUUAAUUACGAGGUUGUGACUUCAACUGGAGCCGUUGUAAAUGCGAACGCAGAAUCGAAUCCAGAUUUAUUCUGGGCUCUAAAGGGGGGUAUCAACAACUUCGGCGUCGUCACUAAAUUCACACUGAAAACUUACGACAUCCACGAUGUUUGGGGUGGUGUCAGAGUAUAUUCCUUAGACGCUUUGCCGGCAUUGUUUGAUGCCAUGUACCAAUAUCAGUCGGUUGAAAAUAAGGACCCAUACGCGAACAUUAUGCUGCAAGCUUUCCCGACCAACGCAACCAUUGGUGCCAUAGUAAAUAUCGUAUACUUAAAGCCAGAAGAGGAGCCGGAAGCAUUCGCACCUUUCCGGAAUAUCACGCCUCUAGCCGAUUUGACCAAACUCCAAACAUUAACCGAACUAAUGCUCGCAGCACCUCUUCCGGAGUUGACACGGGUGAAUUGGUUUAGUGCAAGCUUCGCCACCGACAAGGAACUAUUCAACAAAGUGGGAGAUAUUGUGACUAAGGCUCCAGAGUUAGACAGCCUGAAGAGCCUAACUGCAGGGUCUCUAGCAUUCGGAUGGCAACCGAUUUCCAGCAGUGCCGUACUCGCUGGACAAGUAAGUGGUGGUAACGCGCUUGGACUAAAGCCCGUUAACCAGACUUGGCUUGUUCUUGACGUGGGCUGGUGGUCUCCCGAAGAUGACGAGCUGGCGCACAAUUACACGCAGAGUAUGAUUAACAAGAUCGAAGACGCAUCUAAGGCUAGCGGGCACUACGUUGACUAUAUUUUCAUGAACGACGCAGCUGCGGACCAGCCUGUUAUUGAGCACUACGGACAGGAGAAUGUUGCAAAGCUGAAGGAGACGGCAAGAAAUUACGAUCCUGAUGGAGUAUUCCAAACUCUAGCAUCAGGGGGGUUCAAGUUACCUAAGUCGUAAGACCGUUCUUGUCAGUUGCCCCUAACGGCUAGGAGGUAGCCGAGUUGGUUGGUAAUAGAAGAGCCAGCUCGAAUAUAGUGCUGUAUGCAUAUCAAUACUACCUACAUAAAACCAGCUUCUUGGUAAACCUUGGGUAUGUCAGAUGUAAGAUGUAAAUAAGCACUGCAUAUGCUAGGAGUCUCGAAUAUUAAUAUGCAAAAUCGGUUCCGAGCGUCAUACAUAGUAGCCCAGCCGUUGGAGGCCAGCCCCCACGGCUUCAACGCUAAGCCCCCAGCCGAACGAGGAAAUAUAUGCCGGCCCUAGUAGAAAGUGGAUUACCU